UGGACUGCCGCUGGACACUUCUACUCGAAGGAUUACAUGAAUUCAGGAUUAUUUAUGAUACUUAACUCUCACAAAUGGAGAUAUUUACUAUAAAGGAAGGAGUCUUUUUGUCAGCUCUCGUUUUUGGACCGGCUUUUAGUUCAAUAACGCAAUAUAACAAGACUUUUUUCAACUUUACAUGCUAACCGAUGCUAACUCAAAUCAAUGCCAGACAUCUGCGACUCCUCGAGACACAGCGGAUUUUUUCUUCUUUUCAUUUGACUGUAUUUGUUUUUUUAAUAUUUGACUAUAUUAAGUUUGUAUUCCCGGAAAUCAGAGAGUUUAAUAUGAAUUCUUUUGUGGAUUUAUCGCUGAAGAAAGCGCUGAAAACUCCCACAUCACGACGAACCGCUGAGGAUCUGAACAUCAUCUACACUCACCUGUACCACAUGGAUGUGCUAUCUCACCUCAGAGAACACCAGCUAAGGUCCAUGUGCAUGACGGCGAGGUAUGAACACUAUGGAGCUAACCGUGUUCUCUUCUAUGCUGACAGCAUCUCCACGUGCUGGUACAUCCUGCUCACAGGCUCAGUGUUUGUGAAGGAGCACAUGUAUCUGGCCCGAUGCUGUUUUGGGACGCAGCGUGGAGGAAGACGAGGCUGUGAAUGCAUCACUUUAGAGCCGUCAGAAAUGAUUGUGGUGGAGAAUGCCAGCGAUAGUGAAGACACAGCUCUACAGAGAGAUGGAUCUCAGCAACAGUCACGACGGCGCUUUCAUAAGGUCAACCCACGAGGAGAGCGCCAACUCAUUACAGACAAUCAGGAGCCCUCACCGACGCUUCCUGGUGACCUCAGUAAGAUGCACCUGACUGAGCACCCCCACCAGCAGAUGCACAUGCCGCCCAGCCAAUCAGGAUGCAGCAUCGCCAGUGACUCGGGGAGCAGUAGCCUAUCUGACAUCUACCAGGCCACAGAGAGUGAGAUGGGUGACGUGGAUCUGUCCGGUCUCCCUGAAGCUCCUGUAGACUCGGAGGAAGAGGAGGAAGAUGAAGAUAUUGAGCGUUCCUCAGAGGCUCUUCUGGGCAGAGAUCUGGUGCGAGAGUGUUUGGAGAAGGAUGCUGUGGAUCGGACUGAUGAUGACAUUGAGCAGCUCCUGGAGUUCAUGCAUCAGCUGCCGGCAUUUGCUAACAUGACCAUGUCUGUGAGGAGGGAGUUGUGUGGGGUCAUGUUGUUCGAGGUGGUGGAACAGGAGGGAACCAUCAUACUCCACGACAAACAGGAGUUGGACCUGUGGUACGUGAUCCUGAACGGUGCUGUGGAGAUCACUUAUGGAGACAGCCGAGCAGAGAUCCUGUGCAUGGGCAAUAGUUUUGGCAUCUCACCGUCUUUAGACAGACAGUUCAUGAAUGGGGUGGUGCGCACCAGAGGAGACGACUGCCAGUUCGUGUGCAUCGCUCAAGAGGACUACUGCCGCAUCCUCAACCAUGUGGAGCAGAACACACACAAGGUGGAGGAGGAGGGCGAGAUCGUCAUGGUAAAGGAGCACAGAGAGCUAGACCGCACCGGGACCAGGAAGGGCCACAUCGUCAUUAAGGGCACCCCAGAGCGUCUGAUCAUGCAUCUAGUGGAGGAGCCAUCAGUGGUGGACCCCACUUACAUAGAGGACUUCCUGCUCACAUACCGCACCUUCCUGUCCAGCCCCAUGGAAGUGGGCAAGAAACUGCUGGAAUGGUUCAAAGUGGACAGUCUGAGAGACACGGUGACGAGGAUCGUGUUGUUGUGGGUGAACAAUCAUUUUAAUGAUUUUGAAGGAGAUCCUGUCAUGGCUCAGUUCCUGGAGGACUUUGAGAAGUUACUGGAUUCCUCAAAAAUGAAGGGUCAUCUGCGGCUGCUGAACAUCGCGUGUGCUGCUAAAGCCAAGUGUCGUCAGAUCACCCUUCAGAAGCCAUCUAGAGAGUCUCCACUUUUCUUCGCAGUGCAGGGUGGCAGUGAGCGGGGCUUCGGUAUCUUCAUUGAGAGCGUGGAGAAGGCCAGUAAAGCUGCAGAGGCCGGACUCAAACGUGGUGAUCAGAUAAUGGAGAUCAAUGGGCAGAACUUUGAGAACAUCUCGUAUUCCAAAGCGAUGGACAUUCUGAAGAACAAUACACACCUUGCUUUGACUGUAAAGACCAACAUCUUUGUUUUCAAAGAGCUUCAGAGCCGUGUGUGGCACGAGAAGAAGAACGGUGGUCCUCACAUCCCCAAGAUUCAGGAGAAGAAGAGCAACCGCUUCUCCAUCCCCGAUCUGCCUGGAGACAUGGAGUUUCCUACUGACAACAAGAGUCACAGGAAGAUGAAGGCCAACACAGUGUCUGGAGGACGCAACAAGAUCCGCAAGAUGCUGGAGAAGACCAGAUUCAGCAUCCUGCCACCUAAACCCUUCAGUGAUGGUGGUGUGGCUCAGUCUCAGGAUGACAGUAUCGUGGGCACCAAACAGUGCCGUCACAGCGUGGCGAUCAUGCCCAUCCCGGGUAGCCUGUCCUCCAGCAGUCCUGACCUGCUACAGCCUGUGGCCAGCGCACUAGACUUUAACAACCCUUCAGACAUUCCAGACCAGGUGAUCCGUGUGUUCAAGGUUGACCAGCAGAGCUGUUACAUCAUCAUCAGUAAAGACACCACAGCUAAAGAUGUCGUCUCACAUGUAGUCAGUGAGUUUGGUCUCAUUGCCGCUCCUGAAACCUACUCGCUCUGUGAGGUGUCUGUCAGUCCUGAGGGGGUCAUCAAACAGCGCCGACUGCCUGACCAGCUCUCCAAACUAGCUGACCGCAUUCAGCUCAAUGGCAGGUACUACCUGAAGAACAACAUGGAAACGGAGACGCUGUGCUCCGAUGAAGAUGCUCAGGAUCUCUUGAGGGAAAGUCAGAUCAGUCUUCUACAGCUCAGCACGGUGGAGGCCGCAGCUCAGCUGUCCAUGCGAGACUUCAGCCUGUUCCGCAACAUCGAGUCCACAGAGUACGUAGAUGACCUGUUCAAGCUGGACCCGGGUGGAGGUAGCAACAGGCAUCUGAAGCAGUUUGAGGAUGUCAUCAACCAGGAGACCUUCUGGGUUGCAACUGAGAUACUGCGUGAGUCCAACACAAUCAAACGCAUGAAGACCAUCAAACACUUCAUCAAGAUCGCUCUGCACUGUCGUGAGUGCAAGAACUUCAACUCCAUGUUCGCCAUUAUCAGUGGUCUUAAUCUGGCUCCAGUGGCUCGAUUAAGGAGCACAUGGGAGAAACUGCCCAGUAAAUAUGAGAAACUGUUCCGGGAUCUUCAGGACAUCUUUGACCCAUCACGCAACAUGGCCAAAUACCGCAACAUACUGAGCAGCCAGAGCGUCCAGCCACCAAUCAUCCCGCUGUUUCCUGUGGUGAAGAAAGACCUCACCUUCCUGCAUGAAGGCAACGACUCCAGUGUGGAUGGCCUGGUGAAUUUUGAAAAGUUACGAAUGAUCGCCAAAGAGAUUCGGCAUGUUGUGCGCAUGACUUCAGCGAACAUGGACCCAGCGCUCAUGUUCAGACAGAGGAAGAAAAGGUGGAAGAGUUUAGGGUCCUUGAGUCAGGGCAGCACCAACUCAAACCUGCUGGACGUUCAGGGCAAUCAUAAGAAGCGUGUGAGGCGCAGCUCUUUUCUUAAUGCCAAAAAACUGUACGAGGAUGCUCAGAUGGCACGGAAGGUGAAGCAGUAUUUGGCACACCUGGAGGUGGAGACGGAUGAGGAGAAGUUCCAAAUCAUGUCGCUGCAGUGUGAACCGGCCUACAGCACGUUAUCUAAGAACCUGAACGAGCGGCGGUCCACUAAAUCAGACAUGUCUCCUGUGUCCAUGCGCACGGGUCUGUCCUCAGCCAAGUCUCAGAACCGUGUCUCUCAGGUGCUUCAGGUUCCACCUGUCAGUCUUUACCCUCUACGCAAGAAGAGCAUCGCUAAAGAUCUGGCAGCUUCAUUCAGUCCAAACUCCCCUCAGAUGGCAAAGAAAGCAGCUGACGACACGUGUAUAAAGAGACUUGAAGACACGUCCACCGCUUCGUCCCUGCACUCCAGUCCUACAGUCUCUCCUCAGGGAUCUCCACGCAAAGUGGGCGGAGCUCCGAAGCAGAACUGCAGUCAGCUGAACCUGUCGGGCUCGUCCUCAUCUCUCACCAGCGAGGUCAGCAGUAGAGCGGGAGGCAGCGGCGCCGCCGGCCGCACAUACGGCAUAGGUUACGCUCUCAUGCCGGCGGGCCGGUCCGAUCUGUCUGACUCCAGUGAGAUAUCGUCCCGCUCCAGUAUCGUCAGUAACUGCUCUGUGGACUCAAUGCCCACAGCAUCCUCUGUUAACUGCCCACCGGAGACCAUCACAAACACACAAUCUGACUGCAGUCAGCCUGGCACAAGUUCAUCUUUGGCUCGACACAUGAUCAGAGGCUCCACGUUCACCUCCUCCACCAGCACUGAAGAGCUGACUGCCCCCGAGCACACCUCCACCUGUGAGACAGCAGACAGCGGGCGUGGGAGCUGGACUUCCUGCUCCAGUAACUCACACGACAGCCUGCAGACACUCCCGGGCCAGCGAGCUCUGGACCUGCUGAACCAUCGCCACACGCCCAUGGGCGGCCCCAUCGCUGAGGUGGAAAUCGGGCCAGGUCUGCCUGAGGAUAGUCACACGAGAGACGGUUCUGAGCUCAGCCAGUUCAGACAGAGCUGGACCUCCUCCAGUUCGCUGUCCGACACAUAUGAGGGCAAUUACGGGACUAUCAAACGUAAGACCGCAGAUCCCUCUGCCACUGAUGGGCAGCACAGCACAGAUCCUGCGUAUAAAAUGAUCACAUCCAGCACAGAGAAAGGACUCAUAGUGUACUGUGUCACGUCGCCCUGCAAAGACGAUAGGUUCAAAGCAGCACCCCCCACUCCGCCGGGUUACCAGGGCCUGACUCUGGGGGAUGUGCAUUUGCAGGAGGGAGGAGUCUUACGGCCGCCACACAUAAAGCCACCCGAGUAUAGUGUGGCGUUGCAGAGGUGCAAGCUGCGACAGAGCCUGGCUGAGCAGAGACUGUCCAGUCCGCCCAGUGUUAUUCUGCUGCCUCAUGCAGAUAGUGAGGAGGACGAGCAGGUGUCUGCAGUGUGACUCCAGAUGUGUGUGAUGGAAUGAACAUCUGCCAUUCACGCUCUACACAUUCAUCUCAACAUAACAAACCGUGCCGAACAAACGAGCAGACAACCGUUUACUUCAGUUGAAUAAGUUCAUGCCAUAGAAGAUACUGAUCAGGUUUACAGCAGUGAAGAUAUGAUGAAGAUCUUUCAUGAUGGGAGUUGUUUUCUUUUUCUCUUCUUAAUCCUCAGCAAACUUAGCCUGAGGAAGAAAGAGUUUUCAGUGACUGCUGAAAGUUCUGGAAUAUUGCGUAUCACCUUCACAUUGUUUUAGUACCUCAUCAAAUGCAGAGCUAUAAAAUACUCCAUGGAAUGUUUCAUUUCAAUCAUUACAUGAAUAUGACAUGUCAGAACAUCUCAGAAAUUAAGCCUGUAUCUUUACUGGAGAUACAUUAGCAGUGUUCGGAAUGGCGUACUAUAAUACUGCACACUGUACACCAUAACCUGUCUAAAACUUGUAAGUGAACCUGAACGCAUUGUGGCUGUCAAAAGGGCUGAGAAACUAAAUUCAGAUUUUUCACUUAAAUAUUACCAAAUUUCUAAUUACAUUCAAAUUUUAAAGGCAAUAUUUCAGUUAGGGGUAAAAAGCUAGAAGACACCAGUGAUCACCAGAUUUUUAAAUCUGGGUUGUCUCUUAAGUCCACAAGAGGGCACAAAGAAUACAUUUAAAACAAACCGCACUGUUUUAUAUUGUUUAUUGCUGAAAACAUAGGCUACCUAGCAAAAAUGCAUUCCAUUUUCAACUAAAGUGCAUUCAAUUAUAAGAUCAAAAGAUUUUUAGCCAAGAAGUGCUACAACAGGUACCACGGUAAUUAAGCUUGAAAAUAGCGACGGAACUACUGUGAACUACCUUUAUUUUUUAUGAACAGUAGUCAUAUUCACAGGUAUUAGUGCUAUACUGUUGAACUCAUAUGUGGCUCAGACAUAACGACAUGGAUCUAAUCCCAAAGCUGCAGUAGGGGCUGUUCAAACAGGACGCUAGACGGACCGCAACAAAAACAGCGUGGAUCUCAAGACGUACUUUUCUGAAUUGAACUCGUUUCAACUUCACACAGUGUUUUAAAACACACUGCAUAGAGGCCGUUUAAACCUAACGCUAGGGCUAGGAAUCGAUUCCAAUAAGUAACGAUUCCGGCGUUGGGAAUAGGCGUUGGGAAUCGAGAAUCGACUCAAAACGUUGGAAUGGACUCCAAAGCUGGAGUCGAUUCCUUUCGGGGAAACCGGUUGAUAUUUUCGGACUGUGUUUAUUUCCUCGACCACUGAACUACUACACAUUUUAGAAGCCUUACACUAAUACGAUUUACAAAAGGAUUAUAAAAUGUCUGCAUCGUCUGAGUCAUUUGUAGUCCGUCAGCAUCUGUAAAUCCACUCUGUUUGUUCAUCUGUAUGAAGCAAUCACACAAGCUCUUCAUCUGCUUUCCAGACCUGUAUAGUCUGCUGGUAUUUUACUUUGGAUUAAACUAAUAAUCUAGUAACAUGCCAAAUUGUGACAGUAAAUUGGCAUACAAUAACAUAAGUCUACAACAAGGAGAUGGCAGAGUUGAGUCAGCUUCCCAGUUCACAUCAAUAAAUCGGUAUGUUAAAUUUUAAAUAAUCAAUGUGCUGCACUUAUAAAAGCGAGAAUCUAACGCUUCUAUACUCGUUCUCGACAUUUUUACAGUUUAAAAACCUUUUGCAUAUAUUUUUUAAUUAGCCCACAUUUUACAAAAUUUUACAUUCAAAUUAUAUUUAAAAUAAUAAUAGUUACUAAUACAAAAACAAAACAUUUAAAUACACAUUAAAAAAUGUAUAUAUAUUUUUUAUAUUGUUGGACUUUUUAAUAAAACUGAAGUUUAUUGUUUGGACAUUUUAUUUAGUGUACAAAUGGCAGUGGACAGUUACUGUACAUUCUAAUAUAAACCUCUUUCUAGACAAGACUUGUGAGUAGUAACAGACAAUUUCAGAAUAGCUUAAAUGGUGCUUUUAAAGGGGGUCACACACCGGACGUGUCUGGCGGAUGACAUGGCACGUUCUAAAAUUAGAAGCAACUGUUUGCAAUGAAGGUAUGCACACCACCCAGCAACAACUCCGGAGGCUGCUCAAAUUUCUGCCGUGCCACAGAGCACAACUCGCAUAUUUUCCAUUAAAUUCAACCCAAAUCAUUAUCAAAGGACAUAGAUUAUUUACUGUAGUGUUCUUCAUUCUCAGGGUUGGGGAGUAACGGAAUACAUUUAACGGGAUUACGUAUUUAAAAUACAAAAUAUAAGUAACUGUAUUCCACUACAGUUACAUUCAAAAAGUAUUUUGAUUACUGAACAGAUUACUUUGCAUUUUAUUGUCAUUUGUUUCAUUUAAUAUUUAGUCCUUUCAGAUGGAAAACAUUUAUACAUAUAAAUGAUGUGAUCCAAAGUGCAUUUGAACAGCAGUGAAACACUUUCUUAUGAUGUGUUACAUUCAUAUGAGCAGACAGAGAAGUAAGUUUGAAGUAAGUUUGGAGCAGAAGAAAUAGAAAUAAACCUUGUGUAAAUUGUCAGCUUUACUCUAAUCUAAAAUGCUAUUUCUAGCCAUUUUACAUGCACGUUACCAGGCACGAUCAUAUUUUUUUAUCAAGAAAAUUCACGCUGGAUCAUAAUUUCUUUUUUUCUAGUAAGACCUUUGAUAUUAGGGCAAAAAUCUUAUUCUUGAUAAUAAUUUUUUUAUUGUUUUCCUGUAAAAAUAUCUAAAAAUCCUUAAAACAAGAUCAGUUUGAUUUAUCUUGUUUUAGAAACAACACUGCAUAAGAUAUUUCGGUUUUUCAGAGAAUGUAUUUUUAACAUGUAUUUUGUCUUACUGUACUGACAGAGUUUUUAUAGUCAAAACAAGUGAAAAAAUCUACCAGUGCUGAAGAAGUAAUCCAAAGUCUUUAGAAUACUUUACUGAUUUUGAGUAAUCAAACGGAAUACAUUACAAAUUACAUUUUACAGCAUGUAUUCUGUAAUCUGUAGUGGAAUACAUUUCAAAAGUAACCCUCCCAAACCUGUUCAUUCUUGAAAAAAGGAAAAACCUUGGUCACUUUUGUGUGUACUGUCUGCAACCUGAACCGCAUCGACGUGCCCGAUGUUUGAUACCUGUGCCGUGUACUAGCUGCGACGAUGUGGCGCUUCUCGUCCGGUGUGCGACCCUCUUAAUACUAUUUGUGGUAGUUCUUUGAAAUACAGGGGCAUCUACUCAAACUUCCCUCAAUUUUAUCUCGUGAGAUUGAAUCAUCGCACUUUGGUAUGUGCAUAUAGGCCCUGAUUUAAUUUUAGAAUGGACCUAAUUAUAGUGAAUGUCAUUCAUGCUAUUAUAAAUAGUGUAAAGAACACUUUGAAGUGAGCUGUUUAUUAUGAGACUUAUCUCUACUUCCCGUCUUUUUUUGGAAUUGAAAAAGAACCGAAUAAAUUAGUCUGGAAUCGUCUCUUGGAAUCGAUUCCCAAAUUUCUGGAAUCAAACAGCCCUACCUACCGCUAAAAAACGUAGAUGCAGUGCAUAUAACGGAAUGCAGAUGUCGCGAGACACACUUCAAAAUGUUUUACGUUCUUUUGACAUCUUACACAGUGUGAAAAAAAUGGCCGCUCCUGCAUGAGACGCAGUAAAUGUAACUGGACGCAGUGCAGUGGUCAAAGAUUGAUGCAUCUAGUGCAUGUUUACCUAGAACAACAAUGGGAAAAGAGCACAGACGGACACAAAAACAGUUACUGUAUGUGCCAACACAACAACCAAAGACCCUCCAAUCAAGUCAUUGUCCAUGCUUGGCACACAUCUGAAAUCCAAAUUCAGUUUUUGUAUUCAAAUGUGCAAAUUUAGUUUUUUAUGUUAAAUUAGAUUGAUAUGAGAAUUUUAAUUGGACAUCCUUUGUAUGCAUUAUUCCAUGUUAAACAUAUCAAACAGUAGUAUGCUAGUGUUGUCAUAUGCACGUGAGUACCGUCCUGUUAUCAACUUGGAAAUGAAAUCGUAGAAAAUUAGUCUGAUCGAAUAAUGACAAAAAAAUGUACUUGUGGCUGAUAUUACUGCUGGAUCAUUCAUUACACUGGAAUUGGAAGCCCAAGUCAAUGGAAGGCAUGCUCUGUAUAGGCUACUAUACAUUUGGUAAAUCUGGGUAUUGUGUGCGUACAGAAAAUUGAUGUGUACAGUAUAAAUACUAGGCUAUACUGUAUACUGCAGAAGUAGUAUGAGAAGUAUAUUAGUUUGCCAUUCCGAACAUAGCCAAUAUGAUCUCAAAUGUUUCUAUACUGAAGUUUACAUCCUAUUACAAAUGAUAUGUAUGAACAGACAGCCUGGACUUCGCUACAUUUUGCUGUUAUAAUAGACAAAGCAUGUCAUGUUGCUACAAAUCUAACAGAAAUGUUAUGUAAAUUUACAACAUUUGGGCAAAUUAAGAUUCAUAUAUGGAAAAUCUUGCUACAUGACUUCCCCUCAUGUCAGUUCUCAUAUCCAACUGAAGUAUUGACCUGCUACACUGUUCAGAGACAAAUGUUUAAUGUACUUUUAUGAUGCACUGUUUUUGUUUUUUUUAAAGCAGAUUUUAUUUGUUUAUGAGUUGAUGAACAAAGCUCAUGGGUUUUUACUGCAGCUGCACAUCUGCAUUAACACUGUCGGACUGUAAUGCUUCAACAUUGCGCAUCCUUGCAGCAUUGAGCGUUUACACAGAUUCUUACCAUUUGUUUACAGUGUUUCUUAGAGCUAAUGGUUGUCGAUUUCAGAACUACGCAAUUGUGCUGUGUGUGGCUAGAAGUAAUGUUUUUUUUUUUUAUGCAAUAAGGAUUGUGUGGACGCUGCACUUGGGACUUGACCUCAGCCUACGUCUGAUUUGUACAGUGUCAGCUAUUGGAUUUGCUACUCCUGUUGUUGUAUAUAGUGACCAAGAAAUCAAUUACAGCUUGUCAAGGGAAAAUAUAUUUAUAUGCUAGAUGUGCAUUUUCAUUCCUAGUUAGUUAAUGCUCUUUGGAAAGUACAUUUUGUAUAGAAUGCAAAUGGUUUAAUAGUUGUUGCUCUGUAAGCAAGCAAAUACAUUUGUACAUGGACUUUGCUGUAUAUGGUUAAAACAAGACAAAAAGUGUAUUAUAUCAAGGGAUAUAACUGGACUGGAGUAUUACAUUUUUAUGAUUUACCUGUCUGGACUUUAUUAUUAUUAUUAUUAUUAUUAUGUUGCUUAAUAAGAUUUGAUUUUUAUUUUUUUUUUACACUUUGUUGUAAAUUAAUUUCACUGACCAUGUACAGCUGAAAAGAGAAUGCUCUAUAAAAACUAUAUUGAAUAUUUUGUUAAAAUAAAUCUGGGGUUGUGACUGCUCCUGUUAUGGCAUAUAAUUCUGUUAUAAUUUAUUUUCUGUCAACUACAUCCCUUUUUCUUGCCUCUAAAAUCGAAAUUUUGCUGCAGGGUUUGCAGUCUUAAAAUUGCUGUUGCAACGAUCAGUUAAAAAAAACAAUUUCUGUUUAAAGUUAAGCUCCAUGGAGAGCAUCUGUUGCAUGCUGCUGAUAACCACUGAACGUAAUUUGGAUUUAUUGUGGUUUCUUAAUUGAUAAUAACAAACAGAAAUGCACUGCAAUAAAAGUAAAUGGGGCAACCGUUGAACAGUUUGUAUAAUCAGAAAAAUGCCCCAUAGAUGUCCACUGCUAAAUGUCAGAGCAUGUUUUUGUUUAUACAAACUGUCAUCCGAGUCAAUCCCGGAACAUUCCUUUAAUCUGUACAUAGUGCUUGAAUGAGAAGAUUUAAUUUGGAGUUUGGACUGCCAUAUUUUAGAGCACAAUAGAUAUUCAGUAAUGCAUUUUGGAUAUUCAAUUCCAUCGUCUUCCUCGUUCCAUAUUACACAGUAUUAUAUUUUUGAAUUAGGAUGUUAAUAAAUGUAUAAUUGUUGCGGUGGGUCCAGUCAGUGCAUUUUGGGCUCAACACAAUUUGGCUUUUCAGGUAAGCAUUUCAUAUCAGGUUUUAUCUUUGAUUGGCUCAAGUUCAAUCAUUUGCAGCAGUUCAGUUUUUGAUUAAAACUAAUGGACUUAUUAUUAGUUAAUCCAGACAUCCAGGAAAAGAGCCAUUAUGAAAGCUACCAUGUAUAAGUCAUAAUACAUUCCACUGUCCAGUUGUAGUCCAUCAGAGUCAUUAGAAGUUGAUGAAUUCUGCAUAGCUGCUCGUGUUCAUGAAUGUCCAUGUGAUUUUCAUCACGUUUAAUUGGAGGUCAUGGGUGAUGUCAUUCAAAUUUGAGUCUUUUAUAGAGUGUUUAUAGAGUGCUAGAGUUGUUGCUCUGUGUAUACUUAGCUGGAAUGCAGUACACUAGAUGCUUUCAGCUUACAGUGUUACAUUAAUGACAUGUUAAAAUCUUGUUAUAUUUUUGUUUCAGAUAAAAUAUACUGCUAUGACUAGGGUCUGUAAUAAAAAUGUUAAUUUCA